AUGGGCGAAAACUCGCAAUCGGCAACGAUGAUCAUCGUCUCUGGCACGAUCGUCGCAGCCCUUUCCGCGGCCGCUCUCUACUAUUUUCUCACACGGGGGAAGAAGAAGUCCGCGAUCACCCUGGUAAGCGAAGAGACGAAAUACGCUCUGCCACUUGUCAAGAAAACGAUUGUCAGCCACGAUACCCGCAAAUUUCGUUUCGCCCUUCCAUCCGAUGUUCACAUACUUGGGCUCCCGACUGGCCAACACGUGUAUCUUUCAGCAAAAGUCGAUGGAAAGCUUGUUGUUCGACCCUACACACCGAUUAGCAGUGAUGAUGAUAAAGGACAUGUCGAAUUGAUGAUUAAGGUUUACUACCGUGAUGUGAAUCCGAAAUUCCCGGAUGGUGGAAAAAUGAGUCAGCAUUUAGAGGCGAUGAAAAUCGGUGAUACGAUUGAUUUCCGAGGUCCAAAUGGUCUUAUCACCUAUCAUGGAAAUGGCACUUUCAAGGUUCGUCCCGACAAAAAGACUCAGCCGUCCACCCAUUCUUUCCGUCGAGUCAAUAUGAUUGCUGGUGGAACAGGAAUCACGCCAAUGUUGCAGAUUAUUGCCGCCGUUUUGAAAGAUUCAACGGAUCCCGUGAAACUUGCCUUAUUAUUUGCCAAUCAAACCGAAGAGGAUAUCCUUUGCAGGGAAGAAUUGGAAGCCUUGGAGUCCGCUUACCCCGAUCGAUUCCGUCUCUGGUAUACUGUGGAUCGACCCCCGGCAAACUGGAAGUACAGCUCAGGAUUCAUUGACGACAAAAUGAUUAGCGAACAUCUCUACGGCCCAUCUGAUGACACUUGUGUGCUUCUUUGCGGCCCACCACCGAUGCUGAACUUUGCCUGCAAUCCGAGCUUGGAUAAACUUGCUUAUCCACCAGAUACACGGUUUGCCUUU